AUGGCUUCAGAUCCCGACGGCCUCGUGGACCUCUUCCAGGAGCCCGCCGACUAUUACCAGCCCGAAAAGGUCGCCACCUUCGCCUCCCACCGCCUGCGCUCUGGAACGGAGCUCAGCAUCAGGCUUGUCGGCCACAAUCCGCUGUGGGGACACUUCCUCUGGAACGCCGGCCGAACCAUAUCCACCUACCUAGAGGAGCGCGCCAGCCAUCUCGUCCAAGCCAAGACGGUGCUCGAGCUUGGCGCUGGAGGCGGCCUACCCAGUCUUGUCUGCGCCCUCAGUGGCGCCGCUCAGGUGGUGGUGACAGACUAUCCGGAUGCCGACCUCAUCGACAAUUUGCGCUACAACAUCACGCAUUGCAGCUUACUACCGGCUCGAAGUAACAUUGUAGCAGAAGGCUAUCUGUGGGGAGCGCCGACGGGAGAUCUUACCAAGCAUCUAUCUGGAUGCUCUGCAUUCGACGUACUUAUCCUCGCCGAUCUUCUCUUCAAUCACUCUGCGCAUUCGCAGCUCGUCAAGACCGUGCAGCUAAUGCUCAAGAAGUCGCCAACCUCGAGGGCAUUCGUCUUCUUUACCCCAUAUCGGCCAUGGCUCCUCGAGAAGGACUUGGCCUUCUUUGACUUAGCGCGCGAGGCAGGCUUCACCGUGACAAAGACGUUCGAAAAGCUCAUGGACAAGGUCAUGUUCGAAGAAGAUCCUGGCGAUGAACUCCUGCGCCGCACCGUAUAUGGCUACGAACUCAGCUGGCCAACUUGAGCAAAGCGACCUCUUCUUCUAGGCCUGCCUACACGGCUCAACACAUACAUCAUAUGUACCCCCCAUAUUAGCGAAGCCCUGUCAAUUCGCACGACAAUAAAAAUUCGACCGCUCCUAAAGAUCUAGCAAUCAGC